AGUGGUGGGCGUGAGCUGUCAGUCGGCGAGGCGGCGGGCCGCACUUCCGCCUCGGUGUCAGUGGGUCGCGGGCCUGCGGGGCGGGGGCGGGGCGGCAGCGAGCUCUGCCAGCUACCGAGGGACCCGUGUCCAGAGUGCAGUGAUGUGAUCAUGGCUCACUGCAGCCUCAACCUCCUGGGCUCAAGUGAUCCUCCUGCCCCGCCUCCUGAGCAUCUGGGACCACAGAUCUUGAGUGUCUAUUGGAUUUUUCCAAGAGAAAGUUCAAAAAGUUCCUUAUACUGUAGAUGUGGGUCAGAUACGAUGGUUCAGUAGAAGACCGCAUGUCAGGGGCAGUGGAGGCCGGCUGCUGAAGGAUGAACGGAGAGGAAGAGUUCUUUGAUGCCGUCACAGGCUUUGAUUCUGAUAACUCUUCCGGGGAAUUUUCAGAGUCGAAUCAGAAGGUCACAGGAAUGAUUGACUUGGACACCAGCAAAAAUAACAGGAUUGGGAAAACUGGGGAGAGGCCGUCUCAAGAGAAUGGAAUUCAGAGGCACAGGACGUCACUGCCAGCCCCCAUGUUCAGCAGAAGCGACUUCAGCGUGUGGACCAUCCUGAAGAAGUGUGUCGGCCUGGAGCUGUCCAAGAUCACGAUGCCAAUCGCCUUCAACGAGCCUCUUAGCUUCCUGCAGCGGAUCACGGAGUACAUGGAGCAUGUGUACCUCAUCCACAGGGCCUCCUGCCAGCCCCAGCCCCUGGAGAGGAUGCAGUCUGUGGCUGCUUUUGCUGUUUCGGCCGUGGCUUCCCAGUGGGAGAGGACCGGCAAACCAUUUAACCCGCUCUUGGGAGAAACGUAUGAAUUAAUCAGGGAAGAUUUAGGAUUCAGAUUUAUAUCGGAACAGGUCAGUCACCACCCCCCCAUCAGUGCGUUCCACUCGGAAGGCCUCAACCACGACUUCCUGUUCCAUGGUUCCAUCUACCCCAAGCUCAAGUUCUGGGGCAAGAGCGUGGAGGCGGAGCCCCGAGGCACCAUCACGCUGGAGCUGCUCAAGCAUAAUGAAGCCUACACCUGGACCAACCCCACCUGCUGUGUGCACAAUGUCAUCAUAGGGCAGCUGUGGAUAGAGCAGUACGGGAUGGUGGAGAUUCUAAACCACAGAACUGGACAUAAGUGUGUGCUUCACUUUAAACCGUGUGGAUUAUUCGGAAAAGAACUUCACAGAGUGGAAGGACACAUUCAGGACAAAAACAAAAAGAAGCUCUUUAUGAUCUAUGGCAAGUGGACGGAAUGUUUGUGGGGCAUAGAUCACGCUUCGUAUGAAUCCUUCAAGAAGCAGGAGAGGAGAGGCGACCACCUGAGGAAGGCCAAGCCGGAGGACAGCUCCAGGAAGGCUGAGAGUGAUGUGGCUGACGACGUGCCUGUAGCCCAGGAGACCGUGCAGGUCAUCCCUGGCAGCAAGCUGCUCUGGAGGAUCAACACGCGGCCCCCCAACUCUGCCCAGAUGUAUAAUUUCACCAGUUUCACUGUGAGCCUCAAUGAGCUGGAGACGGGCAUGGAGAAGACCCUGCCGCCCACGGACUGCCGCCUGCGCCCUGACAUCCGCGGCAUGGAGAAUGGCGACAUGGAUCUGGCCAGCCAAGAGAAGGAGCGGCUGGAGGAGAAGCAGAGAGAAGCACGGAGGGAGCGUGCCAAGGAGGCGGCGGAGUGGCAGACCAGGUGGUUCUACCCAGGCAACAACCCCUACACUGGGACUCCUGACUGGUUGUAUGCAGGGGAUUACUUCGAGCGGAAUUUCUCUGACUGCCCAGAUAUCUACUGAGGGACUGGAGGGUCCUGGGGCCGGGACUGGAGGCCCGUGAGUCUGGACUCCCUCGGGUGGCCACUCUGAGCUUUGUCACAGCAGAAGCCAACUUUUCUAAUGAUUGUUUGUGGAGAUAGCACCAUCCCCAAUCAAGGACGUAAUUCUGAUUCACUGUUGAUUGCCAAACAUUUCACUCUGCUGUGCAGUCUCUUCAUAAAGCUUCACGUGGGAUCAUCGUCUUCAUUAAGGUUUCGACAGGGAAAUUCUUCAUGGCCCCCUUUGAGGUAGCAGAAAUCAGCUGGGGCUUGUUUAGCUAGCGUCCGGCACUCUCAGCCAUAGAAUUUGUAGCUAAAGAAAGUAUGGGAAGGGUCCAUGUUCUCCUUAUAAUGCAGUGGCAAAAGGUUUCUGAAAGCCUUUUAAUCUCGAACCAGUGGGGGAAAGAUGGAUCUUGAAAAUAAUCCUGCAGAGAGCUUUAUAAAGGCCAGGAUUGCUUUCUAAAUUACGGUAAGACAGAAGUGAAGAUUUUCAAAGCAUCAGAUUGAGUGAAAAGUUGUCAGAGUCUGUAUUUUUUAACAGUCUUCAAUAAUGUAAAGAUUACUUUUAAAAUAUUUAAGUUAAAACUACUUGAAUAGUAUUUUGCUGAAGAGCAAGAUAUGCAUUAAUCACCGGUUUAUACUGGCCAAAAUGAAGCUUCACCAUGAACACCCAGAGCGGGCAGAAGCAUUGAGAGUUGGACGCGAAAUCCCCAGACGGCUCCGCCGCGCAUGCGCUGUGGCCAGCAAGGCCCAGCCGUCUCCGCGCACCGCGUCCAAGUCUCCACGGGGUCAUUUCUUAAUGACACUUUGCCUGUAUCCAUAGCACUCUGUGUUUCUGUUUUUCCCAGUAUGCAUGUAUAAAAUAGAAGUGAUAAGAGUCACAUCUGGUUCAGAGGCAGAAUCUACUUACAGUGGUGUAAUUAAAGUUAGGUAACCAAAUAGGUAUGCGUCCAUCUCAGCAUUCACCUUUAUCAAGUGAGUGAUUUUCCUUUUUUUUUUUUUUUUUUUUUUUUGAGACGGAGUUUUGUUCUUGUCUCCCACACUGGAGUGCAAUGGUGCGAUCUUGGCUUAUUGCAGCCUCAGCCUCCCAGGUUCAAGCAGUUCUGCCUCAGCCUCCCGAGUAGCUGGGACUGCAGGUGCCCAUCACCAUGCCCAGCUAAUUUUUGUAUUUUUAGUAGAGACGGGGUUUCACCAUGUUGGUCAGGCUGGUCUGGAACUCCCAACCUCAGGUGAUCCGCCUGACUCGGCCUCCCAAAGUGCUGGGAUUACAGGCGUGAGCCACCGUGCCCGGCCAUGACUGAUUUUCUUUAUAUAGAAGUGUCAGCACAAGAGCUCACAGUGGACCACUUUGAAACACCAUCAGUUGUGUGCACACACAUGCACACACACAGCUGCAUGGAGUGCGGGUUACUAAGGCCAGUACUUCUGAAUGGGGGGUGGCACUGGCGUGUGUCAAGGCUUUAACGUCACCUCUGUAACGGAAGCAGUGCUGGAAGCAGACGCUCGUUUUGAAAGCUUGAUUUCGUAGCUUUGGAAACUGGAAAGAUGGUGUCUGGGGCUCAGUCCUGUGUUAUCCCCUGGGCCUUGAUCUCUGAACCAGCCACUCAGAAGCGUCUGAGCAGAACCACUCGGUGACUUUCAGAUGGGUCUGAGGAUUUAGGGUUGUGACGUGAUUCCAGGAGGAGACUGAAAUCCCCGAUGACCGGAAUGCGGAGCCCACGUGCCUCUGGUGGAGGCUCAUCUGCUUCCCCGGACUGUGCUUGUGAACGGGCUCAUUCUCCAAGAGAGACUGAAAGCUGCGAACAUCAAAGGGUGAGACUCGGACACACUGAAAACGACUGUGUGUCAGGAAGUUUAGCGGCUUCUUGCUGAUCAUUCCACUCUUCACUGCUGAAGGUAAUUUGCCAAUGGAUGUGGUUCCAUGUUCUCUCCCAGGGCCAGGCUCCUGGUAUUUCAGGGGCUCGUGGGCUGCACAGACAGCCCCACUGCUGCUGUCCUUGAGCGCAGGUGGAGGAAGAACAGCAGGAAGGUGAUUGUGAAAGCAGCCGUCUGUCGGGGUUAUUUUAAUUUUUUAUGAUUUUUUGUUGUUUCUGCAAAUGCUAACACACAAACUAUCACCUGCCUUUGGUCACCUUUGAUAUCUAUUGAAUGUCAAACCUCUCUAAUAAAGAUGCCACCCCUUCA